AUGCAGACAACCCUCCUUUUCUUCAGAUUGGCAGCAAUACUGUCUCUCUUCCACAUGGGGUAGGUGCAUUUCUGAUACGUUUCCUAAAACUUGUUCAGGGGAUAAUGAUGCCAACAUGUUUCAUUUAGGAUUUUACAGAAUAUUUAGCAAGCAGCUCGAUUUCGCCUUCAUUUGUUGAUGUAUUUAUUUGUAAAAAAGUUACUCUUUCAAAUGUCAUGGGUAAUGUUGAGGAAAUCACAUGGUCGUUUCUCCCAUAGUCUUUACAGUCUUUUUGAAUACACAAUUAACAUUGCUGGGCUGCGAUAAAUAUUUCCAUAAUGAAGAACCAGCUGUUACUCAUUUUUUGUUGACUGAACUGCUUCCGGUACGAGCGUAAUAUCUAAACUUCCUCAGUUACUGCGUAUGUAGGAUGUUCUGACUAACAAAGGUCAUUGCGUCUCAUACAUCGAUCUGGUUGUCGCAAGCUUAUUCUCCAAAAAUACGGUAAUUCGACAAGCACCGUCUUCCAAAUUACAAUCCAAAUAUAGUGCAAAUCGUUCGGAUGCUCUGUUAGUCCUGAAAUGUUUUCUAGAAAACCAGCAAACUCACGAACAUGGCGUUUACUAAAGGCGAACGCAUUUUUACUGAGGCGAUGCAAUAUUAGAGUUGAUGAAUUAGUUAUAAUUGUUGUAUGACAAGGAUGUUAUGGAAACAUUAUUGUCUUGCAGUCGUGGAAACAAUCUGUGCUCUUGGAGCCAGCGAAUGAUUCCGAAGAAUGCCACUGGGGACAUUACGCUGGAGGUGCCGAUAGUGUACAGCUAUAGGGUACGUCAACUAUUUAGCAUACCUUUUUGCAUUAUAUUUUGCUGCAAUAUAUCUCUGGUAAUGCAGGCUCCAUGUGACACUAUCCAGAAUAGUUUGGAUGAUAAUUUAAUGAAAUCUGCUUGCAUAUGUUAAAGACAGGAUACCUUGGAAAUGAACCAUUUUGGACAUACGCGGGUGCAAGAGGAUGGUGUUCAUACAAUGAAGGCUACUUCCGAUGUCCCUACACUGCACGUACGAUUACUUUGCAUCUUUAAAUACUGUAACUUAUUUUAUUGUUUGAAAACCCCCUUAUGUUACAUCUUGAUGUUCGUACAUUCACACUAGGGCAUGACUUAAAAAACCAUACCUUUUUCUUUGUUCGAUUCCUUUAAGAUGGUGAUUAUUAUGCAACGAGUGUAACUCUGCCGAACGUUGAGAAAAUCUCCUAUGCCAUGCUAGAAAGCGAUUAUCCAAUUACAAUUCACAAACCUGGCGAUGAGGGCAUCCGUACGUUUAAUUAUGCCGCAUCAUAAAAUAGCAUUACUUUCUUGCAAUCCGUGCAGGGUUUGCCAGUGCAGAAAGAAAUCAGCUAGCUCGAACUUCUCAUUGAAACGUUUAAUUUUAGCUGGCUUCUAUGUAAAAGAAGACAGCAGGUUGGAUAUCUGCACAAACGGCAAAAAGGUCAUUUUGGAAUUUGUGAUGAAUGGCAAUGAAACGGACCUGCGAGAUGUGAGACAUGCUAGUUAAACUCAUUAAAUGCUAAUUAAAACUCUCCUUGCUAAUUAUCGUCUGUAUUUCAAGGUUAGCUGCUACAGGUCUGGGCGACUUCUGUGCUCCGGAUUGCAACUCCAUGGCACGCCAAAGAAUGCCAAUUGCGGUAGGUGACCCCUCCACUGACUGCUUGUUAUCCUCCGUACACCGCAUAUAUUAAGGGCUGUUAUUAAUCUAAUUCGAAACACAACACUUAGCGUCCAUCCAUCUCCACUGGUUCAGGAUAAGGAGAUCAGUAGCAUGGUUUGCAAAGAAAACAAAGUUUGCUAAACGUUAUUUUGAUAAAAAUUUGGUGCAUUAUUAGACGCGACUAGUUAAUGAUGAAAGCCCUCGAGAAUAUCCAUGGUACGCACAUGGUCAGUCCCGAUUAUAUGUCUUAAGUCUUUCCGACAGCACAGAAGCAGAUGGAUAGAUAAGCCAUACAUCUAUACAUUUACGAUCCCGAGUUUCUUUAACUUUGAAAUCUGUCUCACAGCGUUGAACAACCUAGGUGAUACAGUAACUUUAUUAAUGAAUAUUUAAUUAAUUCUCCUGUUUUUUUUAGUUCUUACGCAUACAGUGAUUUUACAACCGCAUUAGCAUAAAACAACCUGACUUAUAAUGAGUCUUUGUUUGAUUAUACACCAGUCUUCACUGCUUAAACUACAUAUCGAAUAAUUGCUCUCUUAUCUAAUUAUUUAGCCUACAACAUAAAGGAGGGUCGUUUGAGAUUCGGAUUUACUGUGAAGUACAAAAAGGCACCAAAGUCCUUCUUGUACUGUUACGCAAACAAGGAAAAGACUAGAGCACUGACCUACAUUAUCGACUGGAGAGGUUAGUUUUCGACACCGUUAGUGCAAUUUAAAAGUGAUGGAAAUGUCUUUUUGAUACUUAAAUUGCUAGCGUCAACGCCCACCCUGUGUGUUAAUGACGGUCAGAUAGAAAACACUGAGCAAUUUGUCAGAAGUGCAUCUGCACUGGCCAGGACUACACAGAGAUUGUCCUGUAGCGUUUCCCGUAGUGCAGAUGUCUCCAUUCAAUAAAGCUGGCAUGUAAAAAGUAAUCAAUUACAGGUAAGUCGCAAUAACGAAUUAAACAAAAAGAUGGAAAAUGAUUUGAUUGCAAUCGUCAGUGACUCUCCGAUUUGAGGCAAAUGUGGACUUUACAUUAAUUUACACUCAAGCAAUGUCUGUUGCUCAGAUACGUGAUUUUACGCCCAAAACACGCUGAUUUUGAGUUUUCUUGAAUUGCAGGUCCAAAAUAA